GGAGCGGCGCGCACGGGCCGCGGCGGAGCCCGAGGCUGCAAGAGGAGCCCGCGGGGGGCUGGGGGGUGCAGUUCCUCCGCCCCCGCAAAACAAUGUGUGGCGUGCGGCAGGGCGCAACUUGCUCGGGGCGGCGGGGGCGCGCCGAGCCCGCCUGAAACCGCGCCGCUGACCUUCUUCCCCCCGCCGUCCGUUGGGCCCAAGCGCCCAGCUCCUCGCUCCCCAGCUCGCGGGGGCCGGGCCGAGCCGCGGGGCGGGGCCGCCCCUCCGUCGCUGCUGCCUCCUCCCCCACCCCCAGCCGCGGAGGAUGCGGACGGCCCCCGGCGGCGUCUAGCGGCCCGGGGCCCAGGCGCGAUGGUGCAGCAGCGGGGCGCGCGGGCCAAGCGGGACGGCGGGCCGCCGACCCCGGGGCCCGGGCCGGCCGAGGAAGGGGCGCGCGAGCCUGGCUGGUGCAAGACCCCGAGCGGCCACAUCAAGAGGCCGAUGAACGCAUUCAUGGUGUGGUCGCAGCACGAGCGGCGGAAGAUCAUGGACCAGUGGCCCGACAUGCACAACGCCGAGAUCUCCAAGCGCCUGGGCCGCCGCUGGCAGCUGCUGCAGGACUCGGAGAAGAUCCCGUUCGUGCGGGAGGCGGAGCGGCUGCGCCUCAAGCACAUGGCGGAUUACCCGGACUACAAGUACCGGCCGCGCAAAAAGAGCAAGGGGGCGCCCGCCAAGGCGCGGCCCCGCCCCCCCGGCGGCGGCGGCGGCGGUGGUGGCGGCGGCGGCGGCAGCCGGCUCAAGCCCGGGCCGCAGCUGCCGGGCCGCGGGGGCCGCCGAGCGGCGGGAGGGCCUUUGGGGAGCGGCGCGGCGGCGCCAGAGGACGACGACGAGGACGACGACGAAGAGCUGCUGGAAGUGCGCCUGGUCGAGACCCCUGGGCGGGAGCUGUGGAGGAUGGUCCCGGCGGGACGGGCCGCCCGAGGACAAGCUGAACGCGCCCAAGGGCCGUCGGGCGAGGGGACGGCUGCCACCACCACCUCCCCAACACCGUCGGAGGACGAGGAGCCAGAGGAAGAGGAGGAGGAGGCGGCAGCGGUGGAAGAAGGCGAAGAUGAGACGGUGGCGUCGGGGGAGGAGCCGCUGGGCUUUCUGUCCAGGUUGCCCCCGGGCCCCGCCGGCCUGGACUGCAGCGCCCUGGACCGCGACCCGGACCUGCCGCCCGCCUCGGGCACGUCACACUUCGAAUUCCCGGACUAUUGCACCCCCGAGGUUACCGAGAUGAUCGCAGGGGACUGGCGCCCGUCUAGCAUCGCCGACCUGGUUUUCACCUACUGAGCCCACCGUCAGCGGGGCGCGCACGCCCCCAAACCAGCUGUUUACAUACAGGAAUCAGGUAUUGGGGCCCCUCGGAGGCCGAGGCUGGCACCCUAUCUCCCGCGCAGCCUCCCCCCUCCUAGACGUGCCCAUCCCCCCCAUCCAGACAUACCCCUCCCCCGCAGACACUCCCCAAGGCAACCCAACCCCCCUUCCUUCCCCUGACAUCCAAGCCCCUCCCCAUCUUGUCCCCUCCCGCACAGCCACCAGCAGCCAGCCCCCCUCCGAUACACCUCCCAUCCCUCUUACAGACCUGAACCCCUCCCCCACUUUGCACACGCCCCUCCUCGUGGCCGGAGGACACGCCCCCUCCCUUGCUCGCGAAUCCCUCCGCCCUCUGCCUGCCUUCUCGGUUAGGGGGCGAUGCGACCGGGCAGCUCCGCGCGUUCCUCUCGUGCCCCUCCCCCCCGGGGGGAGGGGCGCACUCCUUUACUUGGGGAGCGCUAGGGCCCGCCCCCUCCGCUUGGACCAUCCCCUUCUUGCGCAUGCUUAAUGCUUCUUGGGAGGAGGGGGCUGGUCCCAGUUGAGCUGCUAGCUUAUGUCUCCUGCUCGGUGGAGGAGGGCAGCGAGUGUAGAGCUAUCCUAAAAAAUCUUUGAUCCUGGAGCCUGUGGCUUCGUCUCAACCGACGGGGUGUCACUGCCUUAAUGGGAGAAGCACUCGGAAGGGAGAGAAAGAAACUAACUGGCCCUAAAGGGUUGCUUUGGGCUUCAAACUCUUUUUAAGUGGCAUAGCCCCUUUUCCCUGUUGUGGGCACCCUCGCCUAUCACCUCCUCCAAUUGCGCGAUUGCCUUUACAGCCUAAUGUGGUCCCCAGAAACGACCCUUUUAUUUGUCCCAACUGGAAAUUAAGAAUGGGGUCUUUCUCUGGAAAUCCACCUAGAGAGGGACUGUUCAUGAUAACUCAGAACCAAGAUGCCUACUAGUCUGGGGACAGGGUUCUUGCUGCUCCCUUCCCCGUGGGGAAGCGCCCUAUCAUCUCAGGGCACCCUCUCAGCUCCUUCCUAAGCCCACGGCCCCUUCCUAAAUCCAUCCAGAUCCACCCUCAACAACCACAGCUGCAGUAUUCAGUGGGAGAAACUAAAGCACGUUGGUGCUAGGGGAUUGGGACUGAGGCGUGACAGCAGAUGGAGUGGCAGGAAAGAGACCCACGUCUAAACAACGGCUUGAGAGAGACCGCCGGUCGGCCGGAGACUGAGGAUGGGUUCAGGGGAAUGGAGGUGGGCGUUUGCGUCUGUUUUCCACGUGGGAAACGGGGUUGGCGCUGCUGUUAGGAGGAAAUUAGGAAGUUAUGUCCUGUUCAGGGUGCCCUUGGGAACCCUGCCCCCAUCCUGUUACCCUCUCCCCUUCUCCCCCUCUCGAGCCCCGCCCCUCCGGCCUCCCCACACCCCCUCCGCCCUCACUACCUGUAUCUCACCGGCGUGGGUUCACCCUCCGGGUGCUCACACACUCUCAUUCACACACACAAAUCUCAGGAACAAACGGUCCCAGAGUCCUCCGGGACCCCUGCCCAGGGUCUCCGCAGGUCUCUGCCCCACGCGUUCCCUUCGCUGACAAAGCCACCAGCUGCCUCCUUUAAGCUUGGUGCUCCGGCUCUGGGCCUUUCUUGCGCUCUUUCUUUCUCUCUUUCUCUCUCUCUCUUUUUUUUUUUUUUUUUUUUUAAGAAAACAACAACAACAACAAAAAAAAAAGACAAUGAAAAAAAAACAAAACGUCAUGUGAGUGAAGAGAUGUCUCUGUCUGUGGUCUUGGAGAACUAGUCUCGUAGCUGAGGGAGGGGUCCCUCGUCUGGGGCACUGGCACCCACAGCAGGACUUCCGCCAGUCUGAUGCCAGGACUGAAUAAAGUGUAUUUGCCCCGACCUCGC